AUGGUGGUCGAGGGUGGCGAUGGUGGUCGAGGGUGGCGGGGGUGGCGGGGUGGCGGGGUGGCGGUGGUCGAUGGUGGUCGAGGACGAGAUGCCUGGGUGACUAUGGUGACGAGCGAGACAUCAGUGACGGAGGAGGGCCACAGAUGGACGUCUAGACCAGAAGCCAAGGUGAGAGAGGAGGAGAAGGAGGAGGAGGAGGAGGAGGAGGAGGAGGAGGAGGAGGAGGAGGAGGAGGAGGAGGAGGAGGAGGAGAGGAGAGCGUAUAGUAGAGUAGCGUAUAGCAGGAGGAAGAAGAGAAGAGAGUGUAUAGUAGGGGAAGAGGAGGGAGGAGGAGGCGGAGGAGAGGAGGGCGAGGGCGAGGGCGGGUGGCGGUAA